AUGGCUGCCUCGAGCCAAAAGGCAGGUCGAAAGACGCCCCUGGAGGCGCCGACGGCGGACAGCAAACCGGUGCCCCGACCGGAUCUCACGACGGAGCAAGAAGAAAAAUACGCAGCGCUGCUGGAAAAGGUCAAGGCCGUGACGGAGAUUAGCUGCAGCAAGGAGAAGGAGAAGUCGGGUCCCCUGACGGAGCGGGAGCGAGCGUGGCUGACCAAGGAAUGUCUUCUCCGGUACUUGCGAGCGACGAAAUGGUCGGUAGACGAGUCGGCCAAGCGGUUGCUGUCGACGAUUGGAUGGCGUCGCGAGUACGGCCUCGACGAGUUCACUCCCGACUACAUCUCGCCCGAGCAGGAGACGGGCAAGCAGCUGGUCGUCGGCUUCGACCGACACGGGCGGCCGUGCCAGUACCUGAACCCGGGGCGACAGAACACGGAGACGAGCGCUCGGCAGAUCCACCACCUCUUCUACAUGGUCGAGCGGGUGACGGACAUGAUGCCGUCGGGCGUCGAGACGCUGAGCUUGAUGAUCAACUUCAAGCCGAGCAAGAAACGGCAGAACACGAGCGUGCCCAUCUCGACUGCGAGGGAGGUGCUGCACAUUCUGCAAAACCACUACCCCGAGCGGCUGGGCAAGGCGCUCAUCAUCAACGGUACGUUCCGGGUUGCGCGCGAGUCCACCUCUCGCUGGACCAUGGUAUUAUCCCCCUUUGCUGCCGAGGCUGACGACGGCCGCCCAGUACCGUGGAUCGUGUGGGGCUUCUUCAAAAUUAUCACACCCUUCAUCGACCCCGUCACGCGUGACAAGCUCAAGUUCAACGAGGACAUGAAGCAGUACGUGCCGCCCGAGCAGCUGUGGAGCGCCGACUGGGGUGGCGAGAUGGACUUUGAGUACGACCACGACGUUUACUGGCCGGCGCUCAACGACAUGUGUCGUCGCAAGCGCCAUGCCAGGAUGGCGCGUUGGGAGGCUGCGGGGAAGCAGAUUGGGGAGUCGGAGGAGUACCUCGCCGGCGGCACGGACGAGAGCGUGACGGGCUUCAGGUACGAGGUUGCCUCCGCCGACGGCGGCGUGGACGUUGUGCUGGAAAAGCUGGCCGGCGCGCGUCUGGACCAGGAGCUCGACCAGGGGGGCGAGGAAGAAAAGGUGGCGGCCGAUGCGGCUUGA